AUGUUCCACACGCUGCCUUGGAAUUGCUACAGUGCGCAUGUCGUGGUGACCAUCAUCAAGGUGCUCACCGGGCCUAUCUUAAUGCAUUUGGUGCCGGUCUGCCAGGCGAUUGCAAUGACGGUCCUGACGGUCUACUGGCUCGCCAACCAUCGUGCGGUCCCCGAGUGCCCCGACAGGAUCUGGAUGGCCAGCGCGGACGGCCAGACGCUGCUCUGCGGUCUCGCUGGGGCGUGGGCGCUGACCUGGCCAGUGGCAAUUCCAUUCUCUUUAUGCGCGGUCGCGAACUUCUUGUUCAUCCGCGCGGCCUUCAUGCUGCCUAAGAAGACGAAAACGAGGCACUGGAGCAGCUUGUGGGUGCAGUCGGACGCGUGCAUCGCGCCCGAGCUCGCAGGCGUCAGGGUGGGCGAGACGGCGGCGUUGAUCGGACUCAUCAUCGUGGACUGCCUCUUCAUGCCCCUCGUCAUGGCCGUCUACGGCUUCCUCGCAGAGAUCGUCGGCUGCUGGAACGUCAUGCCGCGUGCUCGGAUCAGCAUCGUCUAA